AUGCCUCCAAAUUCAACUUCGGAUAAGCAAUCAAAUCAAAAUGAUUCGACAAAUAAUAAUUUAAAUAAUGGAAAUAAUGAUUCAUCAACUAAUGAUAUAACUCUUAUACCUACUCCAACUCAUGGUUCAACUAAUGAAGGAGAAGAAGAUGAAAAUGAUAAUAAUACUACUAUAACAAUACAUGAUGGAAGGAUACCGAAAGAUAUUACUAAUGAUAAUGAAGAUUUAGAUUCAAAUAAACCACAAACAUAUCCCAUAACUCCACCAACAACACGAGAAAUAAAUGAAAAUUCAUUAUUAUUACCUCGAAGUCAUCCAUCUGAAACUAAUGAUGAUGAUGAUGAUAAUAUGAGUAAAAUAAUUAAAUUAGCCAAAAGACCAAGUUUUAUAUGGAUAUGUUGUUUAGGAAUAAUUGGGUUAAUAAUAUUUCAAUUAACUUUUUUACCAAGAACUUCAUUAGCAAGAGAUUAUAGAAGAUGGCAUGGAAUUCAUUUAACUAAAAGUGAUGUUAAAAGAAAUUGGUUACAAAUGACAGGAAUUGGGAAAAUUCCACAGAAUCAACAUGAUGAUGAUGAAAAUUUAUCAAUUGAAGAUAAUAUAAAUAAUUGGUUAACAAAUUUUACAAAUAUAAAUUUAAAAUCAAAAAUUAAUUUAAUUUCUGAUGAUAAUCCCAAAUUAACUCACUUUGUUGAAUCUAAUUUUAAAAAAUUUGGUUUUAAAACUGAAAAAUUUAAUUAUGAAUUUAAAAUAAGCCAACCUGAAGGUUCAAAUUUAAAAUUAAUUGAUUCUAAAAAUGAAAUUGUUUAUGAAGUAUCUGAAAUUUUAGAACCUAAAUUUCAAACUCCUGCAUUUUAUAGUUUCGGAAUUAAUGCUAAUGUAACUGGUCAUUAUAUAUAUGUUAAUCAUGGUGAUAUACAAGAUUAUGAUUUAUUAAACAAAAAUAAAAUUGAUUUAAAAAAUAAAAUUUUUAUUAUAAAAAAUCAUAAUGAAGAAAAUAUAACUGUUGGAGAGAAAAUUGCAUUAGCUGAAUAUUAUGGAGCAAUUGGAAUUUUAACAAUAUAUGAAGUUAAUAAUUUAAAUAAUCAAUAUGAUGAAUUAAAUUUAAAUAAUGCAAUAUCAAGAGAUUGUAAUUCAUUAAAAUCAAAAAUUCCAGUUAUUCCAAUUAGUAAAAAAUUAUUAAAUCCAAUAAUGGAUACAAAAACUGUCUCAACCACUAAAAAUUUUGAAAAUUGGGAAUAUUCACCAUUUUUUAAUUCAAAAUUUAAAUUACAAAUUAAUAGUCAAUUUAGUAAUACCUCAACCCAAAAAUUAACAAAUAUAGUUGGAUCAAUAAAGGGAAUAAUGAAUGAUGCAGAUAUAAUAAUUGGUGCUCGAAGAGAUUCAUAUACUUCAAAUAAUCCAUUAUCAGGUCAUGCAAUAUUAUUAGAAAUUAUGAGAAAUUAUCAAAGAUUAGUAAAACAAGGUUGGAAACCUUUAAGGAAUAUAAAAUUUAUUUCAUGGGAUGGUUCAUAUUUAAAUUUAUUAGGUGUUAAAUCUUUUACUAAUGAUACAAAAGUUUUUAAUCCAAAAAGAUCUAUUGUUUCUUAUAUUAAUAUUGAUGGUGAUGCUAUUAUGGGAAGUAAAUUUAAUGUUGAUUCAAAUCCUGUUUUUAAUCAUAUUUUGAGGAAAACUUCGAGGUUAAUUCCAAUUCCAAAGAAAUCAUCUUCUUUAAAAGCUUUUGUUGAUGAUGUUGAAGAAUAUGAAAGUGAUGAGAUCAAUUCAAAUUUAUUUGAUGAUGAUGAAGAAGAUAAUAAUGAUAAAUAUACCACAUUACAUAAAUAUUGGGAAAAACAAGAUAACAACAAGAUAAAUAAUAAUUUAGGUUAUUCAAUAAUUAAUUCAGAAUCAAAAAUUUUUCAACAACAUUUAUCAACUCCAAUUAUAAAUUUAAAAUUUAUAAAUGAUCCUAAAAAAGAUUGUGCAAAAUAUAUACCAAAUUCAAAUUAUUAUUCAAAAAAUUGGAUUAUAAAACAAAAUAUUGAUGAUGAUUUAUUAUUACAUGGUUCAUUAAUUAGAUUUAUUGGAUUAUUAGGUAUAAGUUUAAGUGAACAUGAAGUUGUUGAUUAUAAAACUUUUGAAUAUUUUAAAACUAUUGAAAAAUUUUAUAAUACUUUGUUGGAGGUUGAAGACUCAAAAUUACAUCAAUGGAAUAAUUCAAUAGUUUCAAAUUAUCUUAUAUAUAAAUAUUCAAUUUUUCAAGAUUUAGAUACAAAUGAACCAGUUAAAUUUCAUCAAAUUUUAAAUCAAUUUUCCAAAUUAAUUAAUGAUACUGUAGAACAAUCAAAAAUAUUUGAUUUAUGGAAUUCAAAAGUUGAAAUUGGAUUAAUUCAAGAUUAUCCAUGGUAUAAAUAUUAUAAAAAAUUACAACAUUUUGCACAAUUUAAAGUUUCAAAUUAUAAAUUAUCACAUUUAGAAAAAGAUUUAAAAUUAAAUGAUCAAGAUUAUACUUAUUUGGAAAGUAAAGAACCUACAAUUAUAACUAAUAAUGAACAUAAGUUUACAAAAAGUAUAAAUGGAAUAUUAGAUGGUUCAAAUUUGAAAAAAUAUUAUUAUAAUUCAAUAAUUUAUGGAAAUCCAAAAUUUAAUAUUAAAAAUGAUCAAUCAUGGUAUAAUGAAAGAACAAUUAAAUCAACUUUUACUUAUUUAUAUGAAGCAAUUGAUUCAAAUGAUUAUGAAUUAACUAUUAAAUGGUUUGUUUUAAUUUAUGAAAAAUUAAAAAAUGUUCAUUAUAAAAUGACAUAA